UCUGCAUUUUCAAGGAAUCCCGUCGGAUGAGUUCAUUCGAAAACCUUGCCUCUAACCCUGGCGUUACGGACGUUGGAGAACCUGUUUUUAACACCACAAAAAAGAUUGCAAAUGGAUGCAAUGCUGCUGAAAUUUUCCCAGGAUUCUUCCAGAGCAACAAAGUUGCAGUGAAAAGAGUUGCAAAGCAUAUUUCUCAAAAUGAGAUUAAAAUGGCACAUGUCCUAUGUUCAGAAACAUUCAAAGCAGAACAUCUUUUACAACCAAUUGCAGUGUUGGAAGAUAAUUACUUUGCUUAUUUUGUCUCCCCUCUCUGCAAAUACAGUCUGGCGGAGGUAAUUGAAAACAAGAACUUUCCUGACAGAGAAAGUUUGACUGAGGCUCAAAGACUGGGGAUCUGCCAGGAACUACUGCAAGGACUACAAGAACUCCAUUCACGCGGGAUUUUGCACAGAGACCUGAAGCCCGAAAACAUUUUGUUUGAUAUCAGCAACAAAUUGUUUAUCGCAGAUUUUGGAGCAAGCAGGAAACUGGAUUUGGCACAAUCAGCUUUGCAGUCUCAAAUGGCUGGAUCUUUGUCUUGGUCAAGUUAUGAAGAUGUUUGAGGCAUGCAAUACAAAUACAAGAAAGAGUCAGAUAUCCAGACAACAGGGUGCCUGGUGCAUUACAUACUGACAGAUGGAGAGCACCCCUAUCAAGCAACUACACCCUACUCCAACGAUCCACUGGCGUUAUUUCAAAAUCUCAGAGCGGGCACCUUUACUCUUAAGUGCGAGGAAAGGCAGCAAGGUAUCAUUGGCAGAAUGCUGUGUAAAUCGACAGAAGCAUGCCCUACCAUUGAAGAAUGCCUUCAAGCCAUCACAAGUUUCACACACCAAGCUGAUCACAAUGGAGUCACAAACAACAGUAAUAACAAUGGAAAUAAAGAAAUAGAACCACAGAUCUCCCUUUCCCUUGAUAUGUCAGAAGAAGAAGAGGAUAUUGAUGAUGAACCGACAGAAGUAGAUGAUGAAGUAGCCAAGAAAGUCAUCACAAAAAAAGUAGUUAAGACUGGGAUGAAAACGGAUGAAAAUGUCCUUGAAUGCAGUUUGAAGGGUGUCAAAGUGAAAAUGUCCUCAAACACCCCACACAAACGUGUCUAUUACAAGAAAAAUUAUUGCCUCUAUUGUGAGAAGCCUUUCGGAAAAGUUACAAGACACCUGAUGCGAAAACAUCAAGAUGAAGUUGACAUUGCAAAGGCCCUUGCACACAAGCAAGGAUCCACGAUGUGCAGUUUUCUUCUGAGCAAAAUAAGGAACAAGGGAAAGUACAUACAUAACUGUUCAGUCAAAUCCGCACGUCAAGGACAAAUGGUACCAAAAAGACAAACAACCUACUUGUUGUCAGCAACAGACUUUCUGCCAUGCUAUUUUUGUUUGGCUAUGUACAUCAGAACAGAUCUCUGGAGGCAUCAAAGGCGUUGCAAAUUGAGACCAGACGGGCCAGUGAAACGAAAAGUUCAGACAUAUUGCUCCUUCCUCUUGCCAAUGGACCAUCCCGUUUCCGAUGGACUUAAAAAAAUUCUGGAGGACAUGACAUAUGAUGCUGUUACACGACGGGUGAAAUCCAACCAACUGAUUCUGUCAUUGGGUGAGAGGAUGUUCCUGAAAAAUGGAGAAGUUGGAUGCCAUCGAGCAGAUAUGAGAAAUAAAAUGCGAGAACUUACCAGACUUGUUCUGGUGGCAAGAGAUCUUGACAAAGACACUGUUUUCCUGAAGGACUUGAUUACCCCGGCUAAAUUUAACACUGUGCUUGCGGCAGUGAAAAAGAUGACAGGAUUUGACCACCUAACAAACAGAUUUGCAGUUCCCUCAACUGCACUAAAACUACGCCAUUCCCCGAUGAAGGUCUGACAUAUUUUGUAGGGAGAGGCUCUGCGACUAGAGGAUGACAUCUUAAAGGCACAAGCAGAACAUUUCAGCAAAUUAAUUCAACUGGAAUGGACAACCCACGUGCCAUCAAAUGCAUUAAAAACGUUGUACCAGAGGAAAUGGAACAAGCCACAAGUACUGCCUCUUGCCAAGGACAUAAAGAAGCUCCAGGACCACUUGAAAACUGCUGUGGAGGUCAGCAGAAAGUCCCUCCUGGAAUGUCCAUCAUCAAACGCAUGGAAUAAUCUUUCUCAAGCAACUUUGACACAGCUGACCCUCUUCAACUGGCAUCGUGAAGGAGAGGUUUCCAGGAUGGAGGUCGAAACAUACCGACACAGAAACAAACACAUUAUGCAAGAUGAAAUUCUGCAGAGCCUCACAGCCUUUGAAAAAAAAUUGCGUGAAAACCUCACCAGGAUAGAAGUGCGUGGGAAAAGAGGACGCAAAGUACCAAUACUCCUUUCAACAGAUGCAAAAGAAUCCAUAGAUCUUCUGAUCAACACUAGAGACAAUGUUGGGGUUUCUCCAAGCAACCUCUACAUUUUUGCUUGUCCUGUCAAAGAGUCUGUGGAGCCUAUUCGUGGAUGUGACACUUUAAGGCGAUAUGCACAAAGCUGUGGGGCUAAGCAUCCAGAAAACAUCCCCUCCACUACACUAAGAAAGCAUGUGGCUACAGUUUCACAGCUUUUAAACUUAGAAGAUAAUGAACUGGACCAGCUGGCAACAUUCAAGGGACACAAUAUUAAUGUGCAUAGGAAGUUUUACAAAAUGCCUGAAGCAACUCUGCAAGUGACAAAAGCAGAAUUCUGUUUGCCAUCCAAAAUGGAAUGGGCAAAUUCAAAGGAUAAUCCCUGGAGGACAUUAUCCCAAACAUUGACUAUGGCUCCAGUGACUCAGAAACAGAAAAUUUUCACUCUAAAGACCAGUCUGCCCCUACAGAUGAGGAUGUGGUUUCAGGAAACUUGGAUGCGGAGGAUUCAGAAGAAAGGGCUACUCUUUCAAGAAGGACUGACCUCUCGGAAAAGCCUGUUGAAGACAGAGAAAUUGCCAUACGAUCCAAAAAUUAUUUAGAGGGAAACCCUAAAGGCCCUGGUCCCAAAGAGAGAGGGAUAUCAUUGAACAGCAUUUUAAGAGAUUCCUGAAGGAAAUGAAGAUCCCUAGCAAACUAGACUGUGAGAAAUGCUUACAUGAAAACAAUAUUCUAAAGGAUAAUGACAGAGACUGGAAAGCUGUGAAAUAUUUUGUUCACAACUGAAUCACUUCUAUGAAAAAAAAACAUUUGAGUCAGGGGUAUUGAGACAAUAAAUACUGAGAGCUCGCAUUGUGGAUGAUCAAUGUUCAAUGUCAUUCUGGGAGCUCGCAUAUGGAGUAUCAAUGUAGAGUGUUAAUACUGAGAGUCCAGUAAAAUGGAGCUUUCAGUGUUAGACUCAUAACAUUGGUAGUCCAUGUAAAUGGAGCAUCAGUGUCAUUGUUUUAAUUACCGCUAACUCUUCAUUGUUUGUAUUGUGCCUUGCUCGUCAUUGUAUUAUGUCUUGCUUUUCAUUGUUUUAUUGCCUGUUGCAAUUUUUUAUUAUGCUCUUCUUGAUUAUUAUUUAAUUUUUAUUGUUAAUAACGACCUCUUGCUUUAUAAAAAAUAUUUUCAUUGUCUGUAGCUCUUUUCAUGGUUUUUAAAUGUGUCUCCCUAUUUAUCUAUCUAUCACUUUUAAUAUUUCUAUAAUUUGUGUGUUAUCGUUGUGGUCACUCAUCACUGAGGGUGGAAAGUCUGCACUACCGCGGGGGCGGGGGGGGGGGCUCUUUUAAUGAG